CACGCGUCAGUUCGUACAUAUAGAGACAAGAUGGCGGCAACAUUGUCGAUGAUGCCCCACUUCGGGCAGCAGAUUUCUUCUAAAAACGACCUGGUCCCGGACUGGAUCGGCCAGGAAGUCAGCACCGGGACCACCAUCAUGGCGGUGGAGUAUGAUGGAGGAGUGGUGAUCGGUGCCGACUCCCGCACGACCACCGGAGCUUACAUCGCUAACAGAGUCACAGACAAACUGACUCCGAUCCACGACCGGAUCUUCUGCUGCAGGUCUGGAUCAGCUGCUGACACUCAGGCCAUCGCUGACGUUGUCACCUACCAGCUGGGCUUCCACAGCAUCGAGCUGGACGAGCCCCCGCUGGUGGAGACGGCCGCCAAUCUGUUCAGAGCGAGCUGCUACCGCUACAGAGAAGAGCUGACUGCUGGGAUACUGGUGGCAGGCUGGGACCGCAGGAAGGGAGGACAGGUGUACUGCGUUCCUAUUGGUGGGAUGCUGGUGAGGCAGCCGGUGUCGGUGGGCGGCAGCGGCAGCACCUACAUCUACGGCUUCAUGGACUCCAACUACAAACCAGGACUCACUAAAGACCAGUGUCUGGAGCUCACUGCUGCAGCUCUGUCUCUGGCGAUGGAGAGAGACGGUUCCAGCGGCGGUGUGGUCAGACUGGCGUCCAUCUCAGAGGAGGGAGUGGAGAGACGAGUCAUACUGGGAAACCAGCUGCCCAAGUUCUCCACACACUGAACACACUACACACACACACACACACACACACACCUGUACACACACUCACACCUGUACACACACACGCUGUGCUGUUUUGUUGUUAUUAAAGGUUUCAGUCUGUUCA